AUGUUACCAUAUAGAACGCAAGAGAAUUUUGAGGUUCCGAAUGUUGAAUUGGACAUGUUUGUAGAUGUUAAUAGCUACAAAAUAAAAGGAAGUAAAGUUCUCUUUUGUGAAAAACGUUACUGCAUUCAUAACAAUGAAGUAAAGAAGAAGCAGAGUAAUGUUGAAAUUAGAAUGUCGGCAUCGUCCAUAUAUACAUCGUUAGAAGUUAACUUAAAAUACAUACAUAAUCACUUUAUAAAUUCUGCUGAAUCAUUGAGUUUCUGGCGAGUUGAUGAAGAAGUUCAUAGGAAACUAAUAAAGUUAUUUAAUGAUGGCCACUUACCCUAUUCCGCAUUGCAUACACACGAAGACGUAUUACAUCUUAAUGUCUCAAAUGAACAGGAGAUUCUUGCAGAUCGUUCAAAAAAUCCUGACUACAAUUAUGUUUAUAACCUUUUCCGACAAUAUAGAGAAGAAAUUUUUGGGGUCCCUAAUGGUGAAUCAAUGUUCAAACAUCUUAAAGAUGGUUGUGGAAAGGCAGCACUACAAAAAUAUGAUGCGCAUGUCGGAACGUCCUUCAUCCUUUGCAUUGUGAUGGAUCUUAUACGUCGUAUACAUGAGAGAAUCCCCAAGCAA